AUGUCCCAGGUCUCCGCUCCACCUCAACUCCGGCCCUACCCCAGCGCGGCCCGGAUCGCCGACUCCUCCUGCUUCCCCCAGUACACCGCCUCCCUCAAGUGUCUGGAGACCAACCAGGACAAGAGCAAGUGCCAGCAGCAGUUCGACAACUACAAGGAGUGCAAGAAGAGAGAGGUUCACCUUUGUUUCCCCAAUUCUCUCUAGCCUCUUUCUGAUGGUAUAUGAUGGAUGGCUUCCA